UAAUUUAAACAGAAAAAGUGUAAUUAAUCAAAGCAAAGUGAAAACUAUUAACUAGCCGUAAUUGUGACAUGCUAAAAAUGACAAAUGUGCCGAUGCCGACGCUUAAACUGAGCAGUAACAACAACGCAAAGGCAACAACAAAAAAGACGCAGCAGCAUAAUGGAGUAGCGGCCGCGUCUGUCGCAGCUGCGUCGUCGCUGCGCUGCGCAGCAGACGACACAGACGAAUCGGAUGAGGAUUCUGAGUCUGAGCUGGAUAUAGACGAGGAUAUUCUGCUUGAUGAUGAUGCGGAUGAUGUAGUGCUGCAAAUUGAUAGUGAGGAUGAGGCAGAGCUGGAGGCGCAGCGUAUACGCUUAGACGAUGCAAAGGCAGCGGCAGCAGCAAAGUCGCAGGUCAGUAACGGUAAAGCGACAACAACAAAAACAACAACAGCAGCGACAUCAACUGUAAUGACAACAACUACAAAAACGCAGUCGCAGUCAAAGCCAGCGUCGCGUAAGCCGCGUGGCCGACCGCCAGGCAGCAGCAAUAAAAGCAACAAUAAAAACAAUACGAAAAACACAAACACAAAUAAGCGCAAAAAUUCAAACAGCUCCUGCGCCAGCGCAAGCGUCGCUGCCGCUGUCGCCGAAGAAGCUGUUGUGCAUGUGUCCACCCCCUCGCCACCACCACUACCAUCGCCACCGCCACCACCACCAUCAACUUUGCCCAUUGUGACUGCGCAAAUACACGCGGAUGAGAAGGCGCAUCGUUUUAUUUACAGUUGCGUUAGCUGUUCGCUGUUGUACGGGGAUGUGGCAUCGCUGACUCAACACUGGCUAAAGGCGCAUCAGCCGGCGGAGGGUGAGGGUGAGAGGGAAAGCAAGCGCAUUAAAAGCAAAGCAGUUGCCAGCGAGGAAGUUAAGCUCGAGGCACCGCUGGAGCUAAACGACGGCAUUAAACUCAGCGAUUUGAAAUGCUGUGCACAGCUGCUGCUGCUUCAAGUGGGCGGUGCUAAGGAUGCUGCUGCUGCAGUAGAUGGUGAAUCCUCCUGCAUGCAGCUGACAUGCAACGAGUGUAAGGCAAGCUUUGAGCAGAGCAAGCAAUUGCAGCAGCAUUUAAGCGAACAACAUGAGAUCUUUAAGCUGCUGGUGCCCAAAGAGGAGCCAAGCGAACCCAUGGUUAGCAUUCCAUGCGAUCUGGCGCGGAGCAAGCCCAGCUGCCUGGCAGUGCCGUCGCCAGAGCUGCCAGAGACACCGCCGCCGGAGAAAGAGGCGACUGACAAAGAUGAUCUCGCUAUGAUAAGCGCCAUGGUGGCAGAGAUAGCAGCCGAGCGCAGUAACAAGGUCACAAAGAUGAUUAUCAAGCUGCCAGUGGGCAAGGGGCGCGGACGCAAGCGCAAAAAGGACAAGCAACAGGCAAAGGAGCCGGCAGAGCAGCCAGCUGAGGCGCAACAAGCAGAGCAGCCAGCACAGCAGCCAGAAGCAGAGCAAACAACAAAUGAGGAGCCAGCCAAUGCGCGCAAUGGCAAACGCAAGCGAGCGCACAAGACACAAAAGUCCGUCGAAAAGGAAAUGGAAAAUGAUGUGGAGCAACGUUCGCCGCAAGUGCAGCCACUGCCCGAGCCGGAGCCAGAGCCGGAGAUUAAAGAGGAGCCGGAACCGCGACGUGCGCGCAAGUCACGCACCUGUGUGGACUACGUGGUCGAUGUCAAGGAUGAAGAAGAUGAGGACGUCGACAUAGAAGACGCACAAUCAGAUGCCGAAAGCAUUUCGCCACUCAACAGCUCCACAGAUGACAGUCUCGUGUUGAAGUCGAUUAAGCGUGAAUCCUCAGAGGAAUCUCAGCGCAAUGGCGGCACCAUACACACCUGUAACUUUUGCAGCAAAACCUUUCAGCGCUUCUCUCGCCUGCAGGAUCAUCUGCGACUGCAUACGGGCGAGAAGCCGCAUGUAUGUGGCCAAUGUGGACGCGCGUUUCGCUUGAAGAUGCGUCUAACCGAGCAUCAGCUGCGCCAUCGUACCGAGAAGGCGUUCAAGUGCGAGAUUUGCGCACUGCCACUUGCCACCAAACAGGACAUGGCGCUGCAUAUGCGUCACCAUAAGAACGAUCGACGCUAUAAGUGCGAGCGCUGCGGCAAAGGAUUCGUUCGCAGCUCCGAUUUGGCCAUACACGUGCGUGUCCACACCGGCGAGAAGCCCUACAGCUGCGACAUUUGCUCCAAGGCGUUCCGCGCACGCCAAAAUCUGGUUGUGCAUCGUCGUACGCAUCUCGGCGAGAAGCCCAUCGAGUGCACGUUGUGCGACAAGCGCUUUGCGCGUAAAAUCGACAUGCGCGUGCACAUGCGCAGACACACAGGCGAGAAACCGUUCAACUGCAGCGCCUGUCAACGUGGCUACUCCUCGCGUGUUAAUCUGCAGCGGCAUCAGCAGCGUGAGCAUGCUGGCGAAACCUUAAAGCUGACGAGGAAGGAGCCGGAGCAGUCCACGACAGAGGAGAGCAAAUCAAAGCCAGCUGCGCGUCGUCCACGGCGAGAGAAGCUGAAGGAAAAGAUUGCCGCGCAGGAGAAACUGCUGAACGAUUUAAAGCGCAGUCUCAGCACGCUGACAGACAUUGCCGAGGAGCUGCCAGCUGCGUCAGACGCCGAGUCCAAGCUAGGCGUCAGUGAAUUAGCUGCUGAUGCGGGAGCAGGCGCACCUGCGCAGGUUUCUGUAACUGUCUCCAUGCAGGUGGAGCCGGCCAAGGCGGACGACGAGGAGGAGGAGGAGGAGAUUACGCCAGAGAAGGAGAAUGCGUUGUCGAGCGUCGCGCCCGCAGACACGGCCACAAGCAAUGGCAAAGCAAAGGCUAAUCGCAAGAUUACGAGCUACUUUACGGUUGUUGGUCAACAGGCGGAAAUCUAAAGACUUAUCUGAAACUCCAAUCAACACUUCUUACUCAUUAGCUUAAGUUGCCACUGUACUUGAAACUCUGUAGCUUAGUGUAGGGUACACCUCGCAGACUUGGAGACGUUUUCAAAUUUCCUACAUAAGCUUUUCAAUUUUGCAGGGAUUAAGUAUUCUUUAUAUGCAUAUAUACUUAGUAACGAAACAUACAAUGAAGUCAACAUUUUUUUUGAAGAGUACAUAUAUAUUUUGAGAAAUGCAUUUACUUAGCAUUAAACAUAACGAAGAAGAGGAAGAAGAAAAGACUAUGUUUUAAAAGCAUUAUAUAAAAUAUGAAUCAUAAAAAGAGAAAAUAAUCAAGCAAGAGACUGUUGUAAAGAGUUUACAUAGACACAACUUUUUUGAAAGACAAGUCAACUAUUUAAUGAAAGAAUUGUGAAUAGCAUAUAAGCCACACAAAUGAGAAAUGUAAAGCAAACUUAAACCG